AUGCAUAUGAUUCCUGUCUGUUCCCUUCCUUUCCAGAGAAAGGGUGCCCACUUCUGUGGGGGCACCCUCAUCAGUAACAAAUGGGUGGUCACAGCUGCUCAUUGCGAUGUCAGGACAACAGACAAGGUGGUUGCUGGAAGGCAUGACCUGAUGUCUUAUAGAGAAAGGAAACAAGUUCUGAGGAUUGCCAAGAUACAGAUCUUCAAGAACAAAAAUUAUGACAAGAACACUCUUAGCAAUGACAUUACUCUGUUGAAACUGGCCAUACCUGCCCGCUUCCAGAAAAAUGUGUCCCCUGUCUGUCUGCCCAGUGCCAAUGAUGACUUCCCCGAAGGUACUUCCUGUGUUACAACUGGCUGGGGCUGGACCAAGCACGAUGCCUAUAGACCCCCAAACUUCCUCCAACAGGCAAAGGUGCCCCUGCUGUCCAAUACUAAAUGCAAGAGAUUCUGCGGGAAUUUUGUCAAGAACACCAUGAUCUGUGCUGGAGCCAAUGGCGUUUCUCCCUGCAUGGCAUUGAUGCUCCACUGUAUCCAGAGCAUCCACAUGGUGAGUUGGAGGCUCGUCCAGGAUGGGGUCUUUGUGGGAGAUGGCUAUGUGCACCCUGAACAAGGACAGGUAUCCACGGAGUAG